AUGGGCUGCUUCACAUUCGUCAAACUGAUGAUGGUCUUGUUCAACUUGCUUAUCUUUCUGGGGGGCCUGACCCUGCUGGCCAUGGGGAUCUGGGUGAGCGUGGACGGGAGCUCCUUCUUGAAGCUGCUGGGGCCUUUUGCUGGCCAAAGUAUGCAGUUCGUCAACGUGGGCUUUUUCUGCAUCGCCAUUGGGGUCAUAUUGGUGCUGCUGGGGCUCCUGGGCUGCUGUGGGGCCCACAAGGAGAGCAAGUGUCUGCUGCUCACGUUCUUCUCCAUCAUCCUCAUCAUAUUCAUUGCUGAAGUGGCAGCAGCAGUCGUGGCUCUGGCCUACUCUUCAUUUGCUGAGGGGAUCCUCAGAGCGUGGGCGACCCCUGCUUUACAGAGGGAUUAUGGCAGUGAUCCUGUGGUGACUAAAAUCUGGAACACCACCAUGAAUGAGCUAAAGUGCUGUGGCUUCACCAACUACACAGACUUUGUGGGCUCGAAGUUUGAGAAAGAGAACGCAGGCAGUCUGCCGCCCAGCUGCUGCUGGACCAACAGCACCCAGUGCAGCCAGGACGAGGCCGAGCACAGCGCUGUGCAGGGCUGUUUUGAACACAUCCUGGAGACCCUCAAAGAGCAUGCUAACAUUGUGGGAGGAAUUGCAGCAGGAAUUGGAGUCUUAGAGAUUGCCGCCAUGGUAGUGUCUAUGUACCUAUACUGUCACCUGGACAACAGAGUCAGCUGAGACGCCUCCAGGGAAACAUGAAAACAUGACAGACCUGACAUAGAUGGAUCACAUGUGAUUCAGUUUUUAAAAAUCAAUAAUCUCAUGUUUACGCUCUGUCACCCACACACUUUUUUUUCCAGGGAAACCUUUAAUUUUACUAUGAAGUCGUGUUUAUGAUGCCAUGAUGUUUUAUGUGUAGUAAAAACUUACAGCUACUUCCUGUCUUUAUAUGAACAGUUAAAAAGUGCACAUAUCCAUGUUUGUCAAUAAAAUAUUUCAA